AUCUUCUAUCUAUUGCCACAAACAAAGAACCGAUUAUCUCAAACUUAAAUCCCCAAACCUAAACCCUAGUUUAUCGCUGGAACCGGAGAAUAACACAAAAGAAGAACAGAGAUUGGAGUUAUAAUUGUUUGUCUCUCUUUAUGGCGACCGAUGGUUCGUCUGGUUCAAAACCGAGCUCGUCAACGGCGGAUUCAUAUAUAGGAAGCUUAAUAAGCUUGACCUCCAAGUCCGAAAUCAGAUACGAGGGCGUUCUUUACAAUAUCAACACUGAAGAGUCCAGUAUUGGCUUGAUAAACGUGCGAUCGUUUGGAACUGAAGGGAGGAAAAAAGAUGGUCCCCAAGUCCCUCCGAGUGACAAAGUUUAUGAAUACAUAUUGUUUCGUGGAAGUGACAUCAAAGAUUUACAGGUUAAAUCUUCUCCCCCUGUUCAGCCCACGCCACCUAUAAACAAUGACCCAGCUAUUAUACAGUCUCACUACCCUCGCCCGUCAACGAGCUUGCCUUCUGCUGUUAGCGGGCCUUUAACUGAUCCUAGUUCCCACAAUGCACAAUUGGGACUACCUGGCUCAAAUUUCCAAAGUGGCCUACCUCUAUAUCAACCCGGAGGGAAUGUAGGGUCAUGGGGAGCCUCACCUCCUCCUCCAACUGCAAAUGGUGCCGGGCUUGCUAUGCCGAUGUAUUGGCAGGGAUACUAUGGCCCCCCAAAUGGGCUUCCACAUUUGCACCAACAGUCUUUGCUUCGACCGCCUCCUGGGCUUUCAAUGCCUCCUUCCAUGCAACAAUCCAUGCAAUAUCCUAAUUUUAAUGCUCCCUUGCCAACUGGAGCUUCAAACUUUCCUGGAGCUUCUAAUAUGCCAGGUUCAAACAUGCCAGAAGCUUCUUAUCCAUUACUUCCUGUUAGUACUAGUUCCCUUAAUUUGAUACCCACUUCCUUACCACCAUCAACUUUGCCAUCAGCACUGCCACCAGUUCCCUCUGCUACACUAUCUUCAGAAACAUUACCUAGUUCAAUGCCUAAUAAGGGUCGUAGUUCUACUCUUCCUGCAUCUACAUUUAAUGCAAGCUUGCCGUCACUGCCGCCUCUGACUACUUCUGGAUUAGAAAUAAAUGCCAUUGUACAACCAACAUCUGACAAGCCAAAUGCAAUUAGUGUUCCAGUAUUUCCUUAUCAAAGCUCAUCGCAGUCUAUGCCCUCUAUUGUCGGGUCUUCUACUUCUAUUCUCAUGGAAACACCAGCACCUUCAUUGGUGACCCCUGGUCAGCUAUUGCAGUCACGACCAACUGCAGUCCCUCCAUCUCAAACUACAUCUUCAUCUCAGUCUGCACAAACUGCUCAUAAAGACGUGCAGGUGGUUCAAGUAUCAUCAUCAUCAGAACCAGCAGUGCCAGUUGUAACGGAAGCUCAGCCACCAAUUUUGCCAUUACCAGUACCCCCACGCGGUGUUCAAAAGCCAAAUGGAGCUCCAUUCCAAUCUCGUCAUGGUUACAGGGGCCGUGAAAGGGGAAGAGGAACUGGGAGUUCACGUCCUGUGACAAAAUUCACAGAGGAUUUUGACUUUAUGGCGAUGAAUGAGAAAUUUAAGAAGGAUGAAGUAUGGGGUCAUCUUGGUAAGGGUAACAAAUCUCACUCGAAGGACAACAAAGAAGGUGAUGGAAAAAUCAGUGAUGAAGAUGAUUUUGAAGAUGAACAGGAUGCUGGAGCACAUAAGGCUGUUUACAACAAGGAUGACUUUUUUGAUAGUAUUUCCAGUAAUGCUCGUGAUUAUGAAUCACAAAAUGGAAGGACUAGAUUUUCCGAGCAAAUGAAAAUAGACACAGAGACUUUUGGUGAUUUCUCGAGGUAUCGAGGUGGACGAGGUGGUCGUGGGCCUGGACGUGGUGGUCGUUCUCGAGGUUCUUAUUAUGGAAGGGGGUAUGGCUACAUGGGAAGGGGCCGGGGUCGUGCCAUGCCUAAUCGUGCUUCAUAGGCAGUUUGGUUUUUCAAGAUGUUAUAGUGGUUGAAUCUAAUGCCCGACUGCCUAUUGGAUAGAAAACUGAUCUCGGGCGGUUUCUAAUGUUUGUCCUUUUUUUAUUGUUCA